AUGUCGUACAAUCAAAUUAUUUCCAAGAAGACCGUCAGCACAAUCAUCAAAAACGGCCGAGAGGUUACGAUCUCGGUGGCAACGAAAACUAGCCAUUGGAUACGUCCUGACGUUGCUGUCGAUGCAGUCGGGGACGCUUUUACUAAGGCGGUGGAGGGAUACACUGGGGAAUUACCUGCUGAUACAAAAGACGUCUGCGCGAGAGAGUCCGAGCAUUCGAGCACCGAUCCCAGAGACCAUUUCACUGGAGUCUGCUUCAACUCGAAAAACGAAGGACAAAGUGUGCACUUUCCGACUAAGAAAUGA